CGCUUCGUAGCUUUGAUAGCAGCACUUUGUGGUCGAGAGACUCCGACCGGUGCAAGACAAGUUGCGCAUUGACAUGGCUCUGCUACUGCGUAGUGUGACUUCGGUGGGCGCCAAGCGUGCGACCGCCUGCGCACUGGUUGACGUGGUCACGACUUCGUCGAGCGUUCGUGGCUUCGCUUCCAAGAAGGACAAGAAGAAGAAGGGAAAGAAGGGUGGCGACGAUGCCAACUUCGAGCAGAUGCUGCGUGCUAUCAAGGGCCAGUACCCUGACGCAGAGGAGUGGACAGAGGAGGAGAAGCAGCGCCACCAGGAGAUCGGCCGUCGCUACAACAUCAUGAGCAGCAUUGAGCACAACCACCUUAUGCGCGACCUGCAGACUAAGAUCGACCUCAAGUGGGAGGCCAUUAACGCGCUACCCGCGGAACUACAGGACGAGGCACUGGAAAACGAUGUCUCCCCCGUGCCGGAGGAGCGUGGCAUGGCCACCUGGACGCCCCCCAUCCCGGGCUUCCGGCGAUACACGGAUGAAGGAGCUGAGAGCAUGGACUAAGGUUUUUAGCACGAAUUUCCUGUGGCAGGUUACAGUCGUCGUUAUACAGAGGAAGCGGCAAAUAGAACGAGGUGGAAUGUGCAAUGCUGGUGUUGGACUAUGAUACUGUGUGGCGUGAUUUACAAGCUGCGUUGCGCUUCAUAUGCGUCUUCCGGAAUUGGAGUUUUCUCUUCUUCUGUGUCUUUUUCUGGGUCAUCGGUUUCUUUAUCAAUGCGAGUUGCAGCGGGCUGCUUGUUCCACCACUCGCGGACGUUGCGCUGGAUCACCAGUGAUGCUAGAGCAUGCGCUUUCAUACGCGCAAAGUUCUUGCGGCAAAGCACACCGCGUGUAGCGGCUUGGAACUUAAUUGCGACGUGCUUUGUCUGUAGGAAACUGCGUCGAGCCAGCAUGCUGCGUGUCGCUGCCUGGACGGUCACAGCGGCACGCUCACGUUCUGAUAACUCACUAGAUACCAAAGAGCAUUGCUCGGCUGCUUCUUGUUGCUUCUGCUGGUCCUCGAUGCUCUGCGUGGCUUCACGGAGCUGUUUGGUCGUUUCGCGCAUGUUCUUGCAAUUCCGCUUGAGCAACCAUGCUCGGAUGCCAUGCUGUAGAACCUUCACCUCAUCUUCCAGUGACUGUCUUUCUUCUG